AUGUUCAAAUCGCUGAAAAAAACCGUCCCGGACGUCGAAACAAAUAAAUCAGAAAACGAGCUCCAGCAGUUUCAACACACAACUACGUCCUCAGCAACUCCAAACCCACUUCCGGGUAUUAAACUGCCAAAAACGCAAGGCCAAUGGGCUGAGGCUAACGCAUAUUUUCAUCAGAAAUUUGAGGACUUAUGUGUUGUUGAGGAUAUUAACCAUUUUACCUCAACCUUCCAAAACACAAUCUACAACUACUUCGCCAAUACGUUUGGAACAGUUAAACCCAAAACAUCAACAAAUCAAAAUUCCGUCAUUAAACAACUCAAGAAGAAAUUGAAGAAUUUGAAAAUCCUUGGACGCAACAACAACUCGUUCAAAAAUGACAUAAUUGCUGUCAGCAAAUUGAUAAGGUCCAAGCUUCAUCACUCGAAGCGUCUAGGGAGCAAUUUCUUCUACAGCGCAAUGAAAGCCGAUGACAAAUGUAAUUACGACAUUCCGGACUGGAUCCCGUCUCUGCCGUUGCCCUCAUUCGGUGGUGAUGUCGGUCCUCCAACAUACGAAGAAGUUUCAAACAUUCGCUCCUCAAUGAAUUUUGAAAACAGAUGGGUCUUGAGAUCCGCUCUGAACUUCGCAAGUGAUGGAGAAAUAGUUAGAGAAGUAGGUAGAGAGUUCCAGAGAAAAGGACCAGAAAAAGCAAAAGCAGAUUUGGCAAAAGAGUGUUUAACACGAGUUAAGAAAAAGCGAGAAGAAGAAGACGAUCGUAAACCGGGGCGUUUAGAAGGAUUAAGUUUAAGACACAUAGAAUCAGACCAAGCGAUAAUCGAAGAAAGACAUAGAGAUAAAUUAUGA